GCGCUUGCUUCCUCCCCAAUUGGCUGUUGCAGACAUUUGCCAGGUCGGAGCACCUCCCACUCCAGGACAGGUGAAGAUUUGCUGAAAGAGACUGGGAUUCUUAAGGCUACAGAGCACCUGGAUUCCUCAAGACCAGGAACAGCAGGCAGGCAUGCUUCAGAACGCCUGAUCGGCACCCCGUCCAAAAACUUGUUUUUCCUCUCUGGUCUGGGUUUCACAACUCAGCGAGGUGGGAGAGGGGCACGCAGACAGGAUGAGUGGUAGUGGGCUUGUCUUAAGCUCCCCAGUUUCAGAUGAAAGUGCAGCCUUUACGCCCUUGAAGCCCGUUGCGAUGGCUAGGGAACCCAGUGACGACAUGGCCGUCUUUGAAGACAUCAAGCCGCCCAUACGAAUACUGGAGAAUCAACAGGAUUUGGCACAGGCACGGACCGAAAUGGACAAGUACCUCUCUGGCCAAAUGCCCCCCACGCCAAUGGCAGCAGACAAGAAGUAUCGCCGGGAAAGUGCCUCCGUGGUGGAUGAGUAUUUCUCCACUGAAAAGCCUCCAUCUGCACCAUACAGCGUCAACAUCAAUGUGAUCCUUCCGGAUACCACACACUUGCGCACGGGGAUCUACCGGCCCACCAAGCCCCUCGCGCCCUUUCCCCAGAUCAAGAUGGAACCCAGCACCUGCUUUGCCCAGGCCUGCCCAGCCAGCACUGGGGCGACCCAGACGCUACCAGACUUCACCAGCGUCUUCAGCAUGCCUCAGUCCGUGGCCGCCAGCAGCAUCUUUGUCAAGCAAGAGCUGGCCUGCCCCGAAAUCCCCCACUCGGUCAGCCCACAGCCAGGCCUGCUUUACCAGCUGCCGGGGGAGAUGACAACCAUGGCCCACUCUACCUGCGGCACCACAGCCACCAGCAGCAUCAGCGGGGUGGCCAUGUCCACUGGCAGCCCCGGGGUGGACUCCAGAGCCUUUCCCCGGCCCCUGCGGCCAGCUGGGCAGCUCAAGUCUUUCCCGGCUGCCUCCCAAGGCCUCGGUGGCUUCAGCGUGCCGGAGGAGUUCUACCCCGUCCCGGCAGUGAGCCUGCCCCCUUCGCCUCCCAACUCACAGCCUGGCAGCCCUGAGAAUCAGCCCGAGCCCAUCAACACCAUUUCGCCUCCCCCCCCUUAUGAGGCCACAUUCGGACUGAAACUGGCCACCCCCGGCCAGAUCAGCCAUGUGCCCAGUGCCCAUGGGACCCUCACCCAGGGACACCUCGUCCCGCAGACCCCGAAGUACAACCGGCGGAACAACCCAGAGCUGGAGAAGAGGAGGAUCCACCACUGUGAUUAUCCCGGGUGCACCAAGGUUUACACCAAAAGUUCACACCUGAAGGCACACCAGAGGACUCACACUGGUGAGAAGCCCUACCGGUGCACGUGGGAUGGCUGCGACUGGUGCUUUGCCCGCUCGGAUGAGCUCACCAGGCACUACCGCAAGCACACCGGAGCCAAGCCCUUCAAGUGCCUGGCCUGCGGCCGCUGCUUCUCCCGCUCAGACCACCUGGCUCUGCACAUGAAGAGGCAUCAGAACUAGCCGCCAAAGCAUGGCAUCUGGCAGGGC